CUGGGGCCUUGUUGCCACAUAUUUGUAAAGCAGCCAGCACUUUUCACACCGUCUGAGUGUUUCUCGGAAACCAUACUAAAUGUUGCUGAAGAACUAGAUUGUUUGGGGUGCCUAUUGAUGGUAUGAGGAAGGUUCACAAGAGCUCCCUAUCCCUUUCAUCAAACAUUCCAGAACCAACUCUAUUCUUAGGUUUCCUCAUACAGUGAGCUUCCUGGUGACAUAAACUUGUAUGACUACAGCAGGUACACACUUUUCUCUCUUACUGUGGUGCUAUCAAAGCAAAAACUUGAACACUGCAGCCUUUUAAUGAGCAGCAUUUUAUGAAAUAUCAGUUCUUUGUAUACUUCUGCACUGACACAUUUGAGGUAAUAAGGAACCCAAGGAAGGCUGCAAACCACCUCAGCAAGAAUUUGAGAUGCCAAAAAGAGGCAAAAGAGAAGUCACAAGCUACUGUGACUGGAUGUCGCAACUGCCACCUCAACUCCACGACGUUCCUCUCUUUAAUCUGGCCAUACCAGGUAGCCAUGACUCAAUGAGUUAUGACUUGGACAUUAACUCCUCUAUAAUAAAGCCCAACGGCCUGAAAAGACUGAGCAAGAUUUACUGUAUACGUGAAAUAGUGCGCAGAUGGGCAACCACUCAGGAGGAGACCAUCACAAACCAGCUGGAUGCAGGAGUUCGCUACUUUGACCUGAGGGUCGCUCGCAAGCCAAACGACACCGACCCCACCAGGCUUUACUUUUAUCAUGGGCUGUACACACGCACUGAUGUGGAGACUGUUCUCAGGGUCAUGAACGACUGGGCAGAGAAGCACCCCAAAGAGAUCCUAAUCCUGGCUUUAUCCAACUUCAAAGGGUUCGACAAAAAUAACGAAGAUAAGCUCCACAGCCAUCUUAUCAGCUUCAUCAAGACCUUGUUUGGAGCCAAACUCCGUGAAAGGGUAUCACACCGGGAAAUCAUCCCUACACUGAAGAGGUGCUGGGACAAAGGCACGAACGUUAUAGUGUCAUAUGAUCAUCCGGCACAACAGCACUUUGAGCUAUGGAGUAAAAUACCUUAUUACUACGGCAACAGUAUGGACACCACAAAAGUUGAAAUGGAAAUUCGGCGGGUUUUGGAAACAGCACGGCCAUUUCAGUGUUUCUUUGUGUGUGGCCUGAACCUGACACUGCCAAGUAAUGUCAAGAUACUCUUGUACAUCCUUCGCUUUUGUGACAACUUUGCCAACGUCGUACAGAGGAGUCUGCCAAGGCUGCUGCGGUGGGUCAAACAGCAAGGUCACAAAACACCUAUGAACAUUGUGGGCUCAGACUUGGUGACUCGUGACGACUUCGUCUCAACGAUUGUUAAUCUCAAUACUUUGAAGAAUGUGAAAGCAUAGUGGAAACACAUUCCACUUUUCACCUUUCACUUUUGUUUUUUCUUUGAAGGAGAGACUGGGUAUGGUUGUAACACUGAUUUUUUGUGUUAGAGCUGUCAAAUUUUGGCAUCAAGCAUCCUUAUUUCUUAAAUAAGACUGUAGAAUUAAAAACCAUACACUAACAAAAAAUACACUAAGUAAAACUAAUAACCAAUUCCCACUAAGGUCUAACAUGCUAACUUGCACCUUUCUGAUGCUCAGUGAGUCAAAAAUACAAGUGUGCUGCCUCAAUCAAGACAUUGUCUUGCUGCACAUUGAAGACUUUUUGACUGCUGUGAUCUCCCACAAAGGACAGCUGUGUUGAUCCAGCCCGUUUUCACUCCCACUCGUCGCUGCUUUGUCACAUAUUGACGCAUAAAGGCACCUUUUGUGGUUUGAUACGCACAUGGGGGAUUCUAUUUCUGAUGCCGCCAACAACAAUUGAACUCAUCAAAUACUGCUGCUUUGUCAGUGAAUGUUGGCAUCACUUCACAGCAGUGCAAUACGCACUGAGGGGCGGCUAUUUCUGAAGCUGCAGGAAAGUACCAACACAUAAAGUGUGAAAACGUCCCUAUAGGGUGGAUGGUACAAGGAAACACCGGACUUUCACCCAGGAGCCUGCAGUUUCCCAUGUGAACCCAAAAGUCAAUGGAGAUAUUUUAACAACAAUGUAGUGUGCUAGUAUGUGCAGCAUGCUACACCGGUGACAUAUGUCCCAUUAUGUAUGUCGGGUGAAAUGACAUUAUGUUAGUAAGAACUGUACUUAUUUUAAACCAAACCAUGAUGUUUUUUAUUAACCUCACCACAUGCUUUUGUAGCCUAUACUUAACCAGGAAGUUUUGUUUCAUAAACCCAAGGAAAUAAUCAUAAAACAAAGUGUUAAACUAUGUAGUAAGUUUAUUUUGAUAAAGACUGUAUGUAUGGAGUUAGCAGAAACUGUACAUUUCCUCACAAUACAUGUAACGAUCAUCAAUCAAGACUGUGAAUGUCUAAAACAGACAUGAGGCUACAGUUACAGGUGAUAUUCUAGCACCACCUAUUGGAUGUUCAGUGGUAGUGCACUUCUUGUAAGGUCAGUAAUCUCCCAGCAUGCUUUGUGUGUGUUCCUUUCCACCUGACACUGUUGCAUUCUGGACGGGUGCAAUUAAAGCCUGGGGUCAACUAACAUGAUAGUCUGGCUCAUCUUUGUCACACCACGAACCCAAACAGCUACCUAGCCUGUCAUGUUUUGACAUUCAGGUUCACUGUCAAAGUGGCGGUGUUUGAUGAGUUGGGAUGAGAAUGGGUUGAAUGAACCUCUUUCCUCGAA